UAAACUCCUAAGCCUAAAUAGUCCAACGUAAACGUGGCGCUUCCUACAUUUUCGUCUUUCGACUCUCUCUUCUCCUUCUUCUUGUCUCUCUCCUACAAAGUCUCUCACUUUGAUUAUCUUCUGUCCCUAUGUCUGUGUGAUUCUGCCAAUCCACGGGUGGUAGCCACCGAAACUAAAUCCGAAACGCGUUUGUUUUCCUUUUCAUCACAGCGAGCUAGCUGCCUGAGCUCAAGCUAUGACCUUUUAGUUUGUAUUAUACAUCCAUUUUGAAGUUUGUUAUGAGAAGAUUAUAAAACCCCUGGGUGUCUAUGAUGUCAUUCAAACCAUCUCUGAAAAGGAAUGCCUUCUUUGAUGGGGGAAAAUGUGGAUUAAAAAUGAAGCAGCUGCCAUUUAUGGGAGUUUUAUUUACAGUGAUGUUGUUCAUUGUGUAUAGAACUACAAUUUAUCAAUAUCAGCAUACACAGAUGGAAUCAAAAUUGCACCCAUUUGACACAUUAAAGGAAUCAGCUUUGGCUUCUGGAUUGUUGGGUGGUUUACCUCUUGGUAUCAUACAAGCUAGUUCAGAUUUGGAGUUAAAGCCUCUAUGGUCAUCAAGUAGUUCAAGGUCAAAGGUUGACAAUUCUAGCCAUCGUAAUUUGCUGGCUAUUCCAGUUGGUAUUAAGCAGAAGGAUAAUGUUGAUGCUAUUGUCCAAAAGUUUCUUCCAGAGAAUUUUACAGUUAUUUUAUUCCAUUAUGAUGGCAAUCUGGAUGGGUGGUUCGAUCUUGAAUGGAGCAACAAGGCCAUACACAUAGUUGCUCAGAACCAAACAAAAUGGUGGUGUGCAAAACGCUUUCUGCAUCCCGCUGUUGUGUCUAUCUAUGAUUACAUAUUUCUAUGGGAUGAAGAUUUAGGGGUUGAGAAUUUUGAUCCAGGAAGAUACUUGGAAAUUGUAAAAUCAGAAGGACUGGAGAUAUCUCAGCCAGCUUUAGACCCUAAUUCGACUGACAUACAUCAUAGAAUUACCAUACGGUCCAGAAUGAAGAAGCUUCAUAGAAGAGUCUAUGACAGCAGAGGCAGUACUAAAUGUUCUGAUGUCAGUGAGGGGCCUCCAUGCACUGGAUUUGUGGAAGGAAUGGCUCCAGUAUUUUCAAGAUCUGCUUGGUAUUGUGCUUGGCAUCUUAUACAGAAUGAUCUAGUCCAUGGAUGGGGAGUGGAUAUGAAACUUGGAUAUUGUGCACAGGGAGAUCGCACAAAGAAGGUGGGAGUCGUUGAUAGGGAGUACAUUGUUCAUCAGGGCAUACAAACUUUGGGUGGGGGUGGACCUCCUGUAAAAAAAACUUCACACAAUGAAGAAUUAACCAAGAGACAUGGUGCUUCACCCAUGGAUCCUCGAAUGGAGCUUCUACGUUCUAUGCCCAUGACUGGCCAUUACCGUAGUCUUAUUCCUUUCUAUGAGGUGAUAAAAAAUACCAUUUCCGAAGAAAUAGAAGAUGACCCACAGACGCUGCAGAAUUUUGCGUAUGGGACAUAUUUGGGUCUCAUUUUAUGUCUCUCAUGGAACCUCAUAGCUGUUGCAUCGUUAUGGAUUAAGGGUGGAGUAGAAAAUUUAUCUUUGUUCCUAGCCAUUGCCUACUUGGUGCUUGGCAUUCCAGCAGCAUAUGCCUCGUGGUAUCGUACACUAAGUCUUGCUUUCAGAGAAGAAAACCCUUCGAUUUCGAUGCUUGAUAGGUUUCUCUGGUUCUACUUAUUCACUUUGGCUUCUGCGUAUAUGCUGCAGUUUCUCCUACUGCACAAUCUCUCGCUGGCUUGCUGAUUGCAAUAAAUGUUUAUUCUGAUCAUAAUUCGAUUGGUAUCUUGUACUUCAUUGGUUUUGGGUUGUUCGUUCUUGAAUUCUUGCUCAGCCUGUAUGUUAUGGCGAGUGUAAAUCUAUAUAAACGUCGCUGUGAAGCUUUAACCUUUUUAGAGAUGAUUACUAACCAUGUAUAGCUCUUAUCAUCUCAUUCAAUCCUUUUAAUGGAAAGAAUAAAAUGUUCCUGUAUUCAAUUCUCUUUUAA